AUGUCGGAUGCGCUCUCCGUUGAACAGAACAACAAAAUCCGAGCCGCGCUCGGCCUCAAACCUCUCCCCGUCCCCGGUGCCGACGCCACCGCCGGUCCAGAACACGAUGAUUCCGACUCGGACAUCUCUUCAGACGAAGAAGACCCAGCAAGUACAUUAGAAUCCCGUCAAGCGCAAGCCGGUGAGAACUGGAAGAAACUCCAAGACGAAGCCGAGGCGAAGCGGAAACGGGAGGAAAGGAACGCGGCGAUUAGAAAGGCGCGCGAGCAGGCACAGAAAAAUGCUAAGCUCGAGGGGCCGACACUAGGUGAAACGGGUGGCGUGGAGGAUACAAAGACUUGGUUGCAACAGGCGAAGAAGCGGCAGAAGAAGAUUGAGAAGGAGCGGGCGCGUAAACUCGAGGAAGAACUAGAGGAGCGGGAACGGGCUGCGGCGGCGGAGUAUACCUCGGCGGAUUUGGCUGGUUUAAAGGUCGGGCAUGAAGCUGGUGAAUUCGGAGAAGGGGAAGAACAUAUCCUUACUCUUAAAGAUACUGCUGUUGAUCAGGAAGAUGAGGAUGAUGAACUUGAGAACCAACAUCUGAAAGAAAGCGAAAAAACGGCUGAGAAAUUGGAACUGAAGAAGCGCAAACCUGCUUACGAUCCGACCGAGGAAAACGCUGGAAUUCUAGCACAAUAUGACGAGGAAAUUGAAGGCAAAAAGCGAAAACGUUUCACCCUUGAUGCCACCGGUUCGACUGCCGAAGAACGGGAUGUCAAACGACAGGAAGUUUCCGAAAAGUUGAAGAAGAAUGCCAUCAGCCUUGACUUAGAUCCUGAGCCCCAGGCCGCCCCCGUGUCCGAUUACAUGGACAUUAGCGAAGUCAAGAUCAAGAAGCCGAAAAAGAAGAAGUCGAAGACUACUAAGCAGCGCGCUGUAUUGGAUGACGAGGAUAUCUUCCCGGCUACCGAGUCGGGCAACGCGCCGGACGGGACAUUGAUGGAAGUUGACAACAACAAUAACAACGGAACACCGGCCCCUGCCCCUGCUCCGCGAAAGCGGGUAAGCGAAGAUGUUUCGUUUGCUGAUGAUGACGAUCUACAAGCAUCCCUCACACGGCAAAGACGUGCUGCUUUCAAGAAGCGUCAGAAGGUCAAGCCAGAAGAUCUUGCGCGACAGCUCCGGGAAGAAGAAUCGCAGACGCCGAUGGAAGUUGAAAAUGCAGAGAACGAAGAGGAGCCCGGUCUAGUCAUCGACGAGACCUCCGAAUUCGUCUCUAAUUUACAGCGACCUACGCUCCCUGACCGCCGCGAAAGCCAGAAGACGGCUACACCUGCACCAGCUAAGGCGCCAUCAUCCCCCGUGGAAGAGCCUCACGUCGAGCCAGAAGCCGAUGUGGACAUGGACCGCACUUACAGUGGCAUCGAGGACGAGGAGGAAGUCAAGGAGCGCUUCAAGCAGGACCAGGCCCAGGCGCAGCAGGAGAUUAGCGGCACCGGAUUGGAAGAGGAAACUACAUUAGACCAAGGACUGGGAGCUACAUUGUCUAUGCUUAAGCAACGUGGUCUCGUGAAACAGACCGACAGUGCUCAGCACAAUGCACUCUUCCGGGAGCGCCAGCGCUUCUUACAUGAAAAGCAACACCUCGAAAGCGAAGCUGAAAAGCGUGCUCGCCAACAGAGAGAGCGCGAUCGUGCCUCGGGCAAGCUGGAUCGCAUGUCUGCUCGCGAACGAGAAGAGCACGCCCGUUGGGAGAACAAGCAGCGUGACCAGCAGGAGGCACGCCACAUGGCCGAUGUGUUCAACCGCGAAUACAAGCCGGACGUACAGCUCAAGUACGUGGAUGAAUAUGGUCGUCUCAUGAACCAGAAGGAAGCGUUUAAGCAUCUGAGCCACCAGUUCCACGGCAAGGGCAGUGGCAAGAUGAAGACCGAGAAGCGUUUGAAAAAGAUCGACGAAGAGAAGCAGCGCGAGGCAAUGAGUACAUUGGACAGCAGUCAGCAUACGGGUAUGAACAAUGCGAUGGGGGCGACGGCACGAAAGAACCGGCAAGCGGGUGUGCGAUUGGGUUGA